GGGCAGGGAGAUGAUAAGGGUACCAGUCGACCGCGAUGCAUCCGACCAAGUCAUCACUGCUCCUGCUCGCGCUGGCCAUCAGUGCCAGCUGCGUGGUGGCCACGCCGCAACCGGAAGUGCUGGAUGAGAUCUUCCAGGCCCUCAACGAGACAGGCCACAGUAUCAUCAGUGGACUUGUAGAUGCCUCCAAGAAUGGCACGGCCAUCGCCGGAGAGUUCCUCGAAAGCCUAAAAAACUCCUCGACCCAGUUCAGCCAUGAAACUGUGGCCUUUGCCCAGAGAAUCGCAGAUGCCGUCCAUAAAGCUGCCACCGAGGGAAUCACUGACUUUGCCAUCUCCCUGGAGGCUGGAAUCUCAAGGCUGCUCAACGAGAUUGGCCGGAUCAGGAAUGUCCUGCAGCGACAGGCCCUCAAGGAUGCCCUGGCCAGAUUGCAGACCAUAAGCGCAGAUGUUGCCGAUCUGGAGGUGGCCGUCCACGAUCUGAACGAUCGUUUGGAAAAGAAGAAGCGAGAGUAUUACGCUGAAAUCCAGGAGAAGUGGAGCAACUGGGCCGCCGCCCAACUGGAGCGAGUGGAUGAGCAGACCAAUGGCGUGGGCAACGAGGAGGCCCAGGAGAUCCUCGACGAGCUGCUCAACCGCUAUAGCGGAUACCUGCACAGCUGCGUGGAGGAGCUCCAGGUGCAGCAGGCCACCUAUGAGCAGAACGUGCACAGCACCAUUGAAAAAUACCAGAAUGCCACCAACAAUCUGACCGCCCAAGUGGAGCUCUGCGUGAAGAACAACCUGAACUUCCGCUCCUGCCGCAAGGGCAUCGAUAAGGCCCUGCGAGGACUCGACUCCGCUCCCCAGGAUCUGCUCAGCCUGAAGCUGAAGGGCAUCCGACUGCUGGCCAUUGGCCUGGAUGCCAGCGGAUGUGUGGGCCAAACUCUGGCCGAGCACGAGCUGGAGAAGCCCCUUGUGGAGCGAAAGCUGGACGAGAUCAUCAGGGAAUACCUGGAGCAGCAAAAUACCACCGACGCCGACUCGAGCUCCGAAGAGGAGACGACCACCGAGGUUGCCACCGGUUAAGAUCAGUCAUCAAGGCCCUAACUGACGACGACUUCUCGGAGAAAUAUUCCCUAAUCGUAUUCUAUUAUUUAGGUGUGGGGUAAAAGCAAAAUAAUAAAUUUUAAUUUAAUGCAACAAAAUAGAAAAAUAGCCACCGCUUAUAUUUUCUGGACGGAAA